AUGUCACCGAAUAAAUCAUUGCCCCUUUUUAAACUAGAUGAUGACUUAGAUACAGUCAUAUACGGUGGUAUAUACACAAUUCUUUCGGCUUUAACGUAUCCUUUAUAUUUCAUUGUGAUGAAGGCAAUUCAUAUGGAAAACCGGUCAAACUCUAGUAUGUCAUACAUUCUGAUGAAUAUCAUAAAUUUUUACCAACUCGGUGAAGCUGUAUGCCAUUGUUUUUCUGGUCCUGUUCUUAUGUUUCCUAUCAUUCGUGCGAAGUUUGAUUUCGCAGUCAAUGUUGUGGGAUCUACUUUGAACUCAUUCUGGUGUUGUGAUUUUCCUGUGGUGACACUUCUAGCAUUCUGUCGAAUCCUAAUUUUUACAAAUAGGAUUGGCUUGAAAUCAUUUCCAAUUCUUGUAAAAUUAAUUUUGUUAGCAAUCGCUGGCUGGACACUUUUCUUAGCUAUUGGCGGAUUUUAUACCCAGUACUUCAUUUUUGUAACACCUGGUUGGGAUUACAACUAUACGCUCCCGAGUAUUCCAUUUUGGGAGUAUCAAGAAAUGUUUAUCAGCUUUACUUGCAUUCCAUUAUCCUACAUUGCUUACAUUCUGAUGGCGUACUUGAUAUUUGCGAAGAAGAAUCUGUCCAGAAGUGUUCAAUCACGAAAAAAUGAAAUCUCCAUUUUGGUCCAGUCAACGUUUGUAACUAUCUAUGUAACUGUAUUGGUUCUUCUUUGGCAUAUUUCCUUGUUUCCUCCUCUGAUGGCUUUGAUUGAUAUGGAAAACAGAAGAAAUCUGGCAAUUAUGAAUUCGUGCUAUAUUCUUCAUUGUUAUGUGAAUCCGAUUGCAACACUGUUCUGCAAUAAGUGA